AGUGCCAGCUGAGUCACUGCCACUGCCUGCCGACCUCGACCGGACCUCGACCGGCUCGUCUAUGUUGCCAAUCGACUCGGCGUGGCGUCGGUCGUGGUAGAUAGGCGGUCAUACAUACGAAUUUUCUACUGUUGUUCUGGUGACCUUUGAAUAUAUCUUUGUUAUUUUUUAUUACAAAAGAAAUACAUGCCUUUAUAAAAUACAGUUACUAUAGAAAUAACUUCUCUUAAAAAGUUGUCUAUAUAUUCUUCCGAAUUUUUAAACUGUAAUUACUAAUAAGUGUUUCGUCUUCUAUUUCUAUUACUACAGUGGUUUUCAAACUUUACUUUGCAUCAGAAUCACCUGAAGGACUUAUUAAAACAGAUUGCUAGACCCCAGAAUUUCUAAUUCAGUCAGCAUGGGUGGUGGUGGUUGUUAGAUUCCGUGGAGUCAGUUCCAACUCAUAGUGACCCUACCGUGUACAACAGAGCAAAAUGCUACCUGAUCCUGCACUAUCCUUACAAUCAUUGGUAUGUUUGAGCCCAUUGUGCAGCCACUGUAUCAAUCCAUAUCAUUGAGAGUCUUCCUCUUUUUUGCCCUCCACCAAUCAUGAUGUCGUUAAACAGGGACUGGUCCCUCCUGAUAACAUGUCCAAAGUAAGUGAGACUAAGUUUUGCCAUCCUUGCUUCUAAGGAGCAUUCUAGCUGUACAUAACUUCUUCCAAGAUAGAUUUGUUCAUUUUUCUGGCAGUCCAUGGUAUAGGGCCUGAGAAUUUUUAUUUCUAAUGAAUUUCUAGUGAUGCUGAUGCUGAUGGUCUAGGGGACCAAGAACUAGGUCUUUGAGAACCAUUGAUGUAAUCUAUAAUAUUCAGAAAUAUUAUUUCUUUCAUAUUUAACGAUACAUGGGGUAUUUUUCCAAAAAGAUCUACUCACAUUAUAUUCCCUCCAACUACCCGUCUCCUAUAAAUGGACUUUUAGAUUGUUACCCAAUUUUUUUUACUUUGUAAGCAGCAUUUCAGUGACCAUCCUUGAACAAUAUAGCAUGUUUCCACUUUGUAAUAUAAGGAAGGUUCCUGAAGAAAAAAUGAACUUGCUGGAUAAAAGGGUAUAUUCAUUUUACAGUUUGAUAGAUAUUGCCAGAUUCACUGUAGGGAGGUUGUGCCAGUUUAUACUCCAGGUAACAGAAAGAGAAUGCCUGUUUUCCCCAUGUUUUUACUAAUACUGAUUAUCACAUUUUUAUCUUUGCCAGUCUGAUGGUUAAAUAUUGGCGUCAUUUUGCAUUUCUUUGACUUAUUGUGAAGUUGAUUAUAUUUUUAUGUUUCAUCUUUUUGUUUUUGAUAUUCUUUAUGAAGAUUUCCUUUCCCUGAGAUGAUUAAAAUAUUUGCCCAUGUUUUCUUCUAGGGCUGGUUGGUUUUACUAUUUACAUGUAAAUCUUUAAUCUGUCUAUUUUGGUGUAAGAAGUUAGGAUUCCAACUCACCACUACCAAUUGCAGUCAACUCCAUUCAUUAACCAAUCCCUUCUCCCCCUCCCUACUUAGAGGUCCGAAAUUAUUUAUAACAGGCCAAGUUAUAAAAGUAGGGGUUGCAAGUUGAGCUGUAUGGUUGGUGGUCACCCUUGUGAAGAAGCUUGAAAAAGUAUCACAAGCUCUAGCUUAAGUCUCAAUUAGUCUUAAAACUGAUUAAUACAAUGUACCAUGCACCACAGUGUAGAUAGAGCCAGGUAUGAAAACAUUAGACUAUACUGGGUCAUAGGGUGGAUUUAGUAGUGACUACUGUGUUCUCUUCCUAUGCUGAGUGAUUUGACUUCAAGAGUGUUUAUUCUGGAGUGUUUGUGUAAUAGCAACAAAGAUGAAGUCCUACUUCCAAAAGUUUCUCUUUAUCAGCAAGGCUUUUCUACCAUCUUUGCUACUGCUGUGAUUGAAAUCAUGGCAGGUCCAGAAACCGAUGCUCAAUUUCAGUUCACUGGUAUUAAAAAAUAUUUCAACUCUUAUACUCUCACAGGUAGAAUGAAUUGUGUACUGGCCACAUACGGGGGCAUUGCUUUGCUUGUCCUAUACUUCAAGUUAAGGUCUAAAAAAACUCCUGCUGUGAAAGCAACGUAAAUGGAUUCUAAACUGUCUGAACCUCAACUGCUAAGUUCUCAUGCCUGGAGAAGCUCAUAUCAACUCAUCAUGUGAUAGUCAAUUUGUACAAUAAAUUAUGAACCUGGAAAA